AUGGAACUGCUGAGCAGCAGCAUGCAGAGGAGAGCCGAGGGCUUCCAGAGACAGACGGAGAUCAGCCUGGCCGGGGAGCAGCUCAGGCUGCGUCUGCACAAUGCCAAGCUGAUCCGAGACAGAUGCCACCACACUCUCACGUACCCAAGCUGCUGCUCGGCGAAGGAUGUUGUCGAUUGGCUGAUCGAGCACCAGGAGGCUCCGGACAGAGAGACCGCCAUCAGUAUCAUGCAGAAGCUCGUGGAGUCCAACAUCAUUCAUCACGUGUGUGACGAGCACUCAGUCUUUAAAGAUGCCAAAUUAUUCUACCGCUUCCGGAAUGACGACGGCACUUUAUCGCCCACCAAACAGAUGAAGAUUGUGGUCCGAAGUCAGCGGAUCUACGAGAUACUGGCAAGCCAGGAAGACUCCAUUCUGCAGGUGCGGGAGGAGGGCUCGCAGCGGUACAGGAGGACAUUUUUCGGCGCCCAGAUGUUGGACUGGCUGGUCAAGAAUGGUGAGGUGGCCUCAAGAGGGGACGGAGAGAUGCUGUGCCGUGCCAUGCUGGAAUAUGGGAUCAUUCAGCCAGUGUCCGGCCACUAUCACUUCUCGGACUCCGAUCUUCUGUUCCAAUUCUGUAUUAAUUUCCGCCGACGCAGGAAGCUGAUUGAGGUCCUGAAUGAUCCCUCACAGUGUCGGGAUCACAGGCAGGACUCCCCGGACAGCCCCUUCUGUCUGCGUAAACUCGGGUCCGAGCUCCCCCAUGGCAGCUUUGUGUGCGCGGGUGAGCCGAAGCCUGCCCCUCAGCCCUUAAAAAGGAGCUGUUCGUCAGGCCUGUGGUCCCCGGUCACUUAUUGCCACUUCUCGGCCAACAAACCCACCAUGGCACUCCCUUCAGUGCUGAAGGUGCCGGUGACUGUGGAGGAGCUGUUGGCACCCGGAGCGCCGUAUAUUAGGAAGACGCUUAAUAUCGUUGGUGAUGACGUCGGCUGGGGUUUCGUAGUUCGUGGAGCGGGUCCAUGUCACGUCCAGGCGGUCGAUCCUGGAGGACCGGCCGCUGCUGCUGGCAUGAAGAUUCGCCAGUUUAUCCGAUCGGUUAAUGGGAUCAACUGCCUUAACCUGCAAUACCAGACCAUCUACAAGCACAUCGUGGCCGGUCCGCGCUUGCUCAUCCUUGAGAUUCUGGAGCCCAUCGACUGA